AUGAAAACUAAAACAUUAGAAACUUGAGGGGUGUGUGGAGUUUGUAAAACUCAGUGUCCUUAACCUUGACUGGAAGCGCCGACGCUAACCAGAAUGGAAGAAUCCCUCGCACAAUUAGAACGAGUCCAAACCAAUCUCCUUGAACGCAUAUCAAAACUAGAACAACAUUCCAAUCUUCAAUCUGAUUCUAAUCCCAAUCCCCCUCAAUCUCACACUGACACUGACACAGUCUCUCGUCUCUCUUCCAUUUUACAAACCAACGGCGUCACCGACUUCUCCUUCAAGAGAGUCGCUUCCGAUUACUACGAUUGGCCCCUCGAAGCGCGUCGCGAUGCUCUUAACGCCGCGUCGAUUCACCAUCUCUGUAAAAGCAUUGUUUUAGUUAACACACAAGCCCCUUCCAAUGUUGUUGAUUGUUCUGAUCGAAAUAAUUCUAAGUACUAUGUUGUCGUUGUUCAGUAUACUGCUCGGUUCAAUGCUGAUGCUGUGAAAAACUUUCUAUAUAACCUCAACAAUGGAACUAUAGCUAAAAAGAAAUUCAACUUGAGGCUGGCUCCUGAGGAAAUAUCAGCGGAGUUAACUGGAUAUGGGCACAAUGGCGUAACUUGUAUUGGCAUGAAAACCGGCAUUCCGGUGAUUUUGGAUGAAGCCAUUGUAAAGCUAACUCCAGAUUUCUUUUGGUUGGGUGGUGGUGAGGUUGAUCUGAAGCUAGGGAUACGGACAUCCGAAUUAAUCAAAUUUAUCAACCCAUUCAUUGUCAGCUGUAGCAGUAAUUGAUUUUGUUGGUUAGCAUAGGGGUCAGGAUAAGUUAAGGUUGGAUGAGUGUCAUUUUCAACUUUCCAUUAUUGAUCUUUAUACGAUUGGAAUUUGAAUUGUUGUCCACUGAGGAAGGUAUUUAUAUUUUGUAGCAAA